UAGCAGCAUACCACACUCCAUUAAUAAUCCCAAUGCUUGGUCCCUUUAACUUACAUGAAUCAAUCGACUUAGCUGUGUGAAGUUUCUUGAAAAGAGCUUCUUGCUUUUUACAUUAGGGCUAAAUGUAUACAUCUUUUAGCCUUAAACCCUCCUUUUCCAAACAUAAUUCCUACUUCACUGAAGUGGGUUUUUUGAGAAACUAAAACCCAAUUACCAGAAUCAAAGAUUCCUACUAGUUUCUUGCUGAGUUCCAGAUUAAGAUAUCUUUUUUUUUUUGGUUCAUUUUGAGAGUUUGGGGAGGCAGGAUGAUUCAGUUGUUGUUUUUGGUCCUUUUUGCGGAGGGUGCAAUGGCGUUCCUUCUAUUGGUAAAGAUCGGGCCUUUGAGAGAGCUUGUGAUAAAGAGCAUAGAUCAAUUAAAGAUGGGGAAAGGUCCAGCUACUGUGAAAACUAUUGCAGGUACUAUGUCUGUGAUUCUUUUAUCCAGUCUCAUGAGCAUUGUUAAGAUCCAGAACAAGGGUGCAAAGCUUGGAACCAUGUCACCUAUGGAUCAGGUUCUUUGGAGGACACACUUGCUUGAGGCUUCACUCAUCGGUUUUACUCUAUUUCUCGGUUUCAUAAUUGAUCGCAUGCACCAUUAUAUUAAAAAACUUAUUGGGUUGAGGAGUAGGGUGGGAUCUUCUAAAGAUGAAGCUGAACGUAUCGAGAAAGAGAGAAUACAGCUUAAAGAAAAAGACGACAAAGCCUCCAAGGAGAUAAAGCUACUGAAAGAAGAAAUCUCUACUUUAUCAGAGAAUUUGAAGAAGCUGAAAUCAGAAUCUGAAGAGAAAGACAAGAAGAUCGAAAUUGCCGAAGCGCACGUUGCUUCUCUACAAAAACAAUCUGCGGAUUUGCUACUCGAAUAUGAUCGUUUAUUAGAAGAUAACCAAAAUCUUCAGAAUCAAGCUUUAGGGUACAAAAGUUGAGGCAAAUUUGAAGGGGUCAGAUAAAAAAGAAAUGUGUUUAGGGUACUGAUUAGGCCUCUGCAUUGUUGAAAUAACUGAAGUUAACUUUAUUAAGAAUGAUUUAAUUUAAUGAUCAGAAGCUAGUUAAAGAAGCAA